AUGGGAGGCAGGAAGCGCGGGCGCUCACAGCGCCGCCACUUCAAGGAGGAGCGCGAGAACGUCUGGAAGGACAACCCCAAGCGCCCCCCCGCCGGUGCCGGCGGCGGCGAAGGAAGCGAGGGCGGCUGGCAGCCGUUUGCCACCGCGAACCCGGCUUUCGAGGAUUACUACAAGGGGCAGCAAAUUGUUCCUGAGGAAGAGUGGGAUACCUUCAUGAGCAUGCUCCGGAAGCCAUUGCCUGCCGCUUUCAGGAUUAAUGCGAGCUCUCAGUUUUAUCAAGACAUACAAUCACAGUUAGAAAACGACUUCAGGAAGUCGUUAGAGACUGAGGUCAGUGAUGAGCAUGAAAAAGAGGCUAUUCGGCCUUUGCCUUGGUACCCUGGCAAUCUCGCAUGGCAUUUGAACUUUUCUCGGAUGCAGCUGAGGAGAAACCAGGCGCUUGAGAGUUUCCAUGAAUUCUUGAAGCAAGAGAAUGAAGUUGGCAAUAUAACUAGGCAAGAGGCUGUCAGCAUGGUUCCACCUUUGUUUCUGAAAGUGCAACCUGACCAUCAUAUUCUUGACAUGUGCGCCGCUCCAGGGUCUAAAACUUUCCAGUUACUUGAGAUGAUCCACCAGUCAACAAAGCCUGGGAUGCUUCCAAAUGCCAUGGUGGUAGCUAAUGAUCUCGAUGUGCAAAGAUGCAACCUUCUAAUACAUCAGACAAAAAGAAUGUGCACAGCCAAUCUGAUAGUGACAAAUCAUGAAGCCCAAAAUUUUCCUGGCUGUAGUCUUGCAAAGUUCUGUCCGGAGUCAUGUGUAGAUGAGUCAAAGCCGCAGAGGUUGGAAUUUGAUUGUGUAUUGUGUGAUGUGCCAUGCAGUGGCGAUGGAACUGUCCGUAAGGCUCCUGAUAUGUGGAGAACGUGGAAUAUUGGCAUGGGUAAUGGACUUCAUCGUCUCCAAGUGGAAAUAGCUAUGCGUGGUAUCGCUUUGCUUAAAGUGGGUGGAAGGAUGGUCUACUCAACAUGUUCAUUGAAUCCUGUUGAAAAUGAAGCUGUUGUUGGCGAGAUUCUGCGAAGAUGUGGAGAUUCCGUUGAACUCCUGGAUGUUUCUAACGAGCUACCUGAAUUGGUCCGCCGUCCUGGACUUAGCACCUGGAAGGUACGGGAUCGAGGUUCUUGGGUGGGCACUUAUGAAGAUGUACUUCACUACAGGAAGAAGGUAAUAUCACCAAGUAUGUUCCCCUCAGGUAAAGGUGCCACAGACAGCUGUACAGUGGGUGGCAGUGAUGUGGUCAACAUAGAUGUGGUCGAUGCAGAAAUGAACGAGUCAGGGGAUAUGGUAGAAGGAAAAGAAGAAACAAAGAUAGCGACCAAUGGCAGCAGUAAUGGUGACAAUGCCAAUACUGAAGAGAUAAAACAAGAUGAAUCUGAGUCUGGUAAAGUUCCAAGGCGCUCUGAUGGAACAUCAGAUUCAACCUCCAUCCGUACAGAGCAUUCAAGUUUACCGCUACAUCGUUGUAUGAGAAUUGUCCCACAUGACCAAAACAGUGGAGGAUUUUUUAUUGCCGUACUGCAGAAACUCUCUCCGCUGAAUGAGAGCCAGGUGGUAGAAGCAAUUAAAGGUGAGCGCAGUAUCCUGAAAGACAGUGCUUUGAAUCGUCUGAAUGGUCCAGGAUCUGAUAAGGUGCUCUCUGAAGAAACUUCUAUUAACCAGCAAGGGGUUGAUGACAGCCAUGUUCUGAAUGAACAAAAAAACAAAGACAUGGAUAAUGAAAUUUCAGAAGAUAGAAGUUCUGAGGAAGCUAAGGUGAUUGUUGCUGAGGUACAAAAUGAUCAAGCAUCAAAGAGAGAUAAGAGAAAGACCCAAAACCAAACCAGAUGGAGAGGGGUUGAUCCUGUGAUAUUUUUCAAAGAUGAAGCGACAAUUAGAAGCAUAGUAUCUUACUACGGCAUCAAGGAUUCAUUUAAACUUGAAGGUCAUCUUGUGACUAGGAACCCUGAUACUAGUCAUGUUAAAAGAAUAUACUAUGUCUCAAAAUCAGUUCAAGAAGUGUUGGAGCUCAAUGUAAAAGUUGGGGAGCGGCUGAAGAUUACCUCGCUUGGCCUGAAGAUAUUUGAAAGGCAGUCGACAAAGGAGGAUUCACCAUGCACAUUUAGGUUGUCAUCUGAGGGAUUGCCUCUGCUGCUUCCUUACAUCACCAAGCAGAUUCUAUAUGCAUCGGCAAUAGACUUCCAGCACCUUUUACAGUACAGAAUCAUUAAAUUUCCUGAUUUUGUGGAUGCAAAAUUCGGCGAGGAAGCUUCAGCUCUACUACGGGGCUGUUGUGUCGUAAUACUGCGCGAAGGGCAUCAGGAUGUAGAAUCCAUAGGCAUGGAUCCCAAUGCAAUCGCCAUAGUUUGUUGGAAAGGAAAGACCAAUCUGUGUGUCAUGCUUACUCCCAUGGACGGGAAGGAGCUUCUUGACAGGAUAUCAUUUCGUUUUGGGCUCAAAAUCCCAAAAGUUGAUGAUGGGAAACCCAGCCUGAAGAGUGAUGGAUCAGACGAGCAGCCCGAUGUUGGCGAUGAGACGGUAGACCCAGAAUGUGUGACUGAAAGCAAAGCAUCAGACAUGGAUAUUUCAGAUGUUAAGGAGGCUGAGUAGCUUGGUUGACAUCAUACAAGGUGGCAUGUUACUUCUGGUUGAUGUAGCAGAGCCCUGCUACUUGGCUUUUGAUACAAGUUGAUCACUACUCUGGGGAGUGGGGUUUGUCAAUCCUUCGUUCUGGCUUUUACACCGUUCCUCUGUCAAGGCAUUCUGUUCUGCUACUAUGCCAUGAAAAACCACAGUGCAUACAUGGUGCUAGACUGCUAGUUGCUCCCCUGUAACGUAUCAGUUUACUUUUUAAAAAAAAAACAUCAGUUGGUUUUUUGGCUUGAGAGGAUGUAAUGUGGGGAAAACAGUGUCAUGCUAAGCUCUGAACUUGAAAACUGAUAGUUCUUUAGAAAACUAUUUUGAGA